GAUUCACAUUGUAGGAAUAACGACAAAAGAACCUUCCGGAAUAACGUAUUUUAUUUUCGGCUUCAAAUUUGCAUUGUUUUUAAUGUGGGUUUACUCAAUCUUGUCUUUAAAAAAAAUCAAUAAAGUUUGAGAGAUUUUGUCAUUAAUCGAAUGAGCUUCAUUGUUGAGGCCUGAAAAUGCUAAGCCACAAGUGAAACAAAGAAGCAUUUCUUGUGCGCAAGUUAAAAGUGAAAACGUAAACAGUAAAAGUAAACACUCGGACCAUGCUGUUACAGUACAGAAUAACAGUGUUUAUUUCACCACGUACAAGAACUUAAAACACCAAUUGUCUCUGAUACAAUUGAUACUGAUACCUUGAAACACUUAAAUAUUAUUUGAUUAGCCUCGGCCUAAAAAGGCAAAGGCAGGCAACUGAUGAAAUAUCUGGAUGUGUGUCUCAAUAUUCAACAUUACUGAAUUACUGGAUGAUUUUUGAGGGAAUGAAUAUCAUAAGUCAUAAAUAAACUAGCUCAGUGUAGAGUGUAGGACUGUGUUUAUUAUUUAAAAUAAUAAAUUUUCCAUUUAUCAUUAUCUCCACAUUAGUGGAAGUGCUGUAGUUACAGUUUUUUCAUGUGAUCUUAUCUAGUAUUUUGUAGUCUGACAUCAAUUGAAUUAAAUUUAAUUAGUUCACCACAAUUCAAGGAAAAGAUUAUUAUUAUUAUUAGAAUCUCAUUCUGAUAAUUUCAAAUUGUAAAAAAUAUAACUUGCAACAAUCAAGACACAAAAAUGAUUAAAGAAUAUUUUACUGAUGGAUUAAUAGGGUUGGCUAUAUUGCUUAGUUUGUUUCGCACUGAUUUAGUAGGAAUUAACAAUCUUAUUAAUUAUCCUGAAGUUCAAGACAUAAUUUUAGGCCAGUCAGUAGCUUAUUUACCAGCGAGUUACAACCACAUUUUAAAUUCACCCCGGGCUUUCGAGAGCUCAAAACAUUUGGAUUUCAACAAUGAAGCAUUUACAGCAUGGUAUCAAAACUGGAAUAAUAUACCAUUGUUUCGAGAAAGGAAUGAAAAUGAGAUUGAAGCUUUUCUAGUCAGUAGCCCUCAACUUGUUUUUGACCACUCACCAAGCAGCAGUCAAACAGCGUUUACUAUUGCAAGUGUUGAAAACAACCAUGUAGCUGAGCUUUCAACUCAGAACCUCCCAGAAGAAAGCGCCAAUGAUUUCUCUGGAGUUUUAAACUCCACCUCAGUGUUAAAUAACUCGAGUGAAGCUUCAGCUGCUGUUUCUGAGCCAGUUUUUGUUGACUCAUCUGUAGUAUUGCUAAAUAACCCAUUUCCAGGUUGUAAUUUAACUAAAGAGGUAACUCUAUUGUAAAGUUAAUCUAAUAUUUGUGAGUGUGAUCUUGUCAUUAAAUUUCACAUGAAAUCAGUUUUUACACUGUACUGGAGUAAAUACGAUUUUAAUAAUCAUAUAAUAAAUAAUAAUUUAGUUGUUGUUUUUUUUAAAUUUAAUAAUACAAAUGUCAAUAUCAAUAACAAAUUAUUUCUUAACAGAGCAUUAUUUAUAUAAAAUAAACUGACAAGUUUACGUAGGUUUAUAAAUUAAUGUGCAGUUUUAUAUAUAUUCCCAAAUGCCAUAAUUGUCUUUCUUUCAAUUUUAGGAUUUAGAUCUCAUAGAUGUCCUUUGGCAACAAGAUGUUGAUUUGGGUGUUGGUAAAGAAGUCUAUGACCCUAACUUGCGAUUUGAGCUCGAAAAAGAGCGUGAAAAUGAAUUAAUUAAGCAUCAAGAAUGGGUAAGAAACAUUCAGAGUAAAAAAAUUAUUUCAUUUUUAAAAAAAUCAGGUGGAAAAUAUUUAGAAAUUAUAGAAGUAGAAGAAAAAAAUCAAAGCAUUUUGAUUCCAUUUUAAUUUACCAUAUUACGUUUUUACAGGUAAAUUUGCUAACAUUUCUAAUCUUAUAUCCUAGCAAAAGUCACAGUUGCUUGUAAAGGAGAAGGCAGAGCGAGAGAAACAUGAGCAAGCUGACAAAUGGCUAAAAGAACAUUUCAGAAGAGAUGGUGAAACAGGCAGGUUUUAGUUUAUUAAAUUUAAUAUAUAAUUUGCUUGGGUGAUUAUUUAAAAAACAUUUUUUAGUGUAUGCAUAUCUCUAGAUCCUCUUUUGUAACUUGCUUAUAGGCAUUUAGAUUGAUUUGAAUCGUAAUUUAAUGUGGUAAUCUUAAAAUGAUCAUUCUCAGUGUAUUAAUGUGCUGUCAAGAAAGUGUCAAAUUUUGAUAUCUUUAAUUUAUUUGUACAUUGAAAACAAAAUUUGUAACGUUAGUUAUUAAUCGUUCAUUUCUUAAAUACCAAAGUAAUAAGUAAGAAAUAUCUAGUAAAGCUUCUUAUCGUAAUAUCUUUUGGCUGUUUCAGGUGAAUGGGUGAGGCUUCAAAAUGGUACAUCCAGCUCAUUUGAUUGCCCUGAAACAGAUGUAUGUUAUAUUUUAUUUUUUAUCAACUAUCUAUCCUUCCUAACUACACUUUUAAGACAGGUCUUUGCUCAUGCGGAAAAAAACCAUUACAUCAUUUAAAAUACCCACAGAUAUUUCAGUUGUAUAUAUUUUGAUUUUAUGCAUUUAAACAAUGUUAGAGAAACAAAUGAUAUAUGUAUGAAUAACCUUUUAUCAUCUGACUAAAUAUUUUUCAAAAUUUCAAUUUGAAUUUAAAAUUCAUGGAUGCUUUUUCUGUAUAUGCUUAGUAAUGUCUUUUAUUUUCCUCCCUCCUGUUAUGCUCCAGUCAUUUAAAAUUAUGUAUAAUAUUUUAAACAUUAACACACAUUUUCUUUUUGUCUUAGGAUUCCCUUACCCUUGAAGCAGCACUAGACUUCCUCUCUUCCAAUGUGGAUCAAACAUUUCUUCAAAAUUUGGAAGCUCCUCAAGAAUCCAUUGCUAACACAUGUAAUGGUUUUCUUGAUACCCCAUUUCAAACUGUUCAAGAGGAGCAGGUAUGACCUAUCCUUUGUAGUUGAAUUUUGACUUUUUAGUCUCCUAUGUGUUAAAUUGUUAGUAAUUUGCGUUAGUUAGUCAAUAUAGUAGAGCAGUUAUUCUUGUUUUAUAUAUUCUUUAUUUGGAGAUUACAGAAGUAUAUUUGUUUUGAUGUUAAAAGAGCAUUUCAUUUUAAAACCUGCUUUAUCAAAUGCAUUAGUUUAUUACUAAGUUAGGAUGAUAUUGAUAUCUCUGACUCAACAUAAUUUUAGCCAUAAAACCAUAAAAUAUUCUGUUUUUUUUUUGUUUUUUUAAAACUAUAACAUUUUCACAUUUUAACCUUGUCCAUUUAGAUUCAAACUUUGCUACAACAACCACAGGAGCUUUUAAACCAACAGGACAGUUUGGAUGAAAACUGGAAUGGAAUUUUCGAUUAUCUGAACAAUGCAGCUAAUGUCUUAGUUGAGGACCCUACAUCAACCUUGUCACAGCUUGGCAUGGAUUUUAAUGCAUCUGAAGACUUAGCUUCAGGGCUUGAUCUAGGACAAGAGGAUACCCCACAAAGGGAUUUUCUGAUACAAAAUGUUACUCUUAUGCAGCCAGGUACCCAAAUCUGAUAUUUAUAAAUAUGUUUGUGUUUUUUUUGUAAAUUAAUUUUUUUUUAAAGAAAGAGAUUUUCUGCUUUAAUCUUUCAUUCCAAUAAUCCUCUUUUAAACCACAGGUUUUCAACGCCAUGGGGUAUGACCGUGAAUGGGUUAGCAAAUGGUUUUCUGUGUGAUUGCUCUCUUAAACAGUUAAUUUAAAAAAAAAUUUAUUUUGAAAUGUAUUUUGAUGUACCUUAAUGUUUAAAAACAGUGUCAAUCUUAAGUGAGUUAAAAUUAAAUUACACGAAAAUUGUAUUUGAAAUGGGUUUACUUUAAUCCCAUUAUAAAGCCUAAUUUAAAUGUAUAUGGGAUUGAGUGCCACAUAAAAAUGAAUUUUCUAAUUUUCAUCCUUCCAUCAUUCAAAUUUGUUCAUAAUAUGAAAAGAAAAAAACUUACAACAUUUGGAGGGAUUCUAAUAACAUUUACAUGUAGCUCAACACUGACAAAAUUUUGCAGUAUGCAAUUUUUUCCAGUAUUAUCGCAUAAUAUUCACUUUAACAUCACUUUUCAUAAUAUACUGUUAAAACUCUUUAAAAAAUUUUUUAAAAGAAGACUUGUCCUGUAGGUGAAAACAGUUACCUCAGAAGUUAAUUAGAAACACAUUUUUGCACAAAAUCAAUCAGUAACCGAUCUUAAAAAAAAAAACUUUGCCGUCACCUCUGCCUGUCCAGUUCCAUAACUGCAAGACAAUCAAUGAGCUCCUCCAACAUUAUUUUCAUGCUAAUUUACUCUUAAUGGAUAGUUUGAACCAAAUGAUGCCUGAAUCUCUUUAAAUACUAUUUCAUGGUGCUUGAGUCUCCUGCUUCUUAUUCAUUCUUUGUUAAUUGCUAUGGCUUUUAAGCUAUGUUCAAGUCAUUCUGCUGCAGCUGCAUUGAUGUAAGGUGUACUGCUGUCACUGUCUUUGUUUCUGUCUCGUAGCCGCUGCUAAACCUGUACUGACAUUGGUAGGCCUACUUUGCUUUACUAGUUGCAGAUUGGAGUCCUUGUCAGCAUCUCUACUGGUUUCAGUCUUAAUUACACUGUUGCUACAAAACUUCAUAUUAGUCACCGCUUGUUGCAUCCACUCAAUCUUCUUUGCAGUGCGCAUUUAUUUCACCAACAACUGUUUUCUUUAAACAUUUUUUUUUCUUCGUUCUGAGCAAAUAUGUCAACUGGACCCAUGUUACUAGGCCUCCCUUUUUCUCUCUGUGCCUGUAGUAAUUCCCUGUUUUUAGGUCGCUUUAUUGUGGCUAGAGCUUCAGCAUAUGUAAUUUCAAAAAGAUCUUGCAAAAAUUCAGUACAUUGAUGUUCUUUUCCUUCUGUGUCUGUUCUCCAAGAUGCUUCUUCUUAAUUCCAAUCCAUGUUGAAUGUAGGUCCUUUAUUUUUGUGAUGAUGUGGCAGUCCUUGCGCACAGGAAUAUGAGCCUCAUCUCGGAACUGAACAACUUCUUUCAAAGUUGCUGUGGCACUAGCUGUAAUACUCUGCUAAUCAACCCUGUGAACAUGAGACGUAACACUAGUGUAUUUGACGGAAGUUUGCUUGCAGUGAUUGUUGCAGGUGUUUCUCCAGCCAGCCAUAUACUGCAAUCAAUAUUAGGUCGGAUCAUAACUGACACUUGCCAUCUCUCUUGAUGAUCUGUGAUAUAAUAAUCAGUAAUAUUAAGAUACUGUCUCAUUUUAUAUCUCAUGAUGAAAGCAACAAUCAGUUUAUAUUAAAUAAAAUUUAAUCACAAUAAAUGAACACAUGAAAAAAUGUCAGUCCAAUGAGCUACCAGUAAAUAUUAGAAACCAGCAUAGUUACAAUGCAUAAUAAAAUGAACAAAAUGAGAGAGUCUCGGAUAUUGAACAUUUUUUUUUUUCUGCCAUUUCACUCAAUGGCACUGGCACCGUAAAUGUGGGUUGCUUGUCAUUGGUCACUUAGCUUCUUUAAACUUGGAUUCAGACCUGCUAAAGGCUGGGAAGCUGUCUCUUAAUUUGAUGUAAUUUGGAUGCUGUGUGAGAAUUUGCAAUUUUUGAGUCAUAAAUAGCUUUAUAUUUUUUGUAACAUUGUUUCAAUUUGUUUAUUUAGAGGUAUUGCAAGCUGCUAAUGAGAUCAACUCCACCCUUUCAUCCUCAAAUCUCAACAACUCUGUAAAUUUUGAAUUAGGCAGCCUUAGCUUUUUAAACAGCAUGUCAACAAUGCAAAGCCAAGAGGAUCUAGACAUUGUUGAUGUGCAGGACCUUUUCAGAGACAUGCAAGGAAGUGAUGAAGUUAGUUUAAUGGAUUCAAAUAUAGCAAUGAAUGAAAGUAAGUUUUUUGAUUGUUUAAAUUCAUUCUCCCCCCCCCCCCCCUUAAUUAUUGUAUUAGAAAAAAAUUUAUUAUAAAUUUGUUACAUAUAAAUAGCAGAAACAUUUCUAUAGACAUAGAUCUAAAUAAUUGAGGGAUUCACACAUUUUUUUACAAAUAUUUGGUGAAAUUAAAAUAAUAAUUUGCAUGGGUAAGGUUGAUGAGCAUGUGUAAUAAUUUUUAGCAAUUUGAUGACUUCAUUUAAAUAAAGUUAGUUUAUAAACCUGAGGUUUUUAAUCUUCAUACCAGUGGUUUCCAAACUUUAGGUCUCUAACCCAUAUUAAAAAAUGAAUUCUUGGCAUCCCCUUGUUUGAUUAAAUAUUAAAGGCAUGUAAAAAUGAUGGACUUUUCUAAGGCCCUCUAAUCUAACUAAUGCACUCUGCCCUAUGUGCCCCACCCAUCUCUCCCAUUUUGGAUACUGCUUUGUUGGACCAAGGUUUAUAUUUAUACAUAUAUAAAUGAUUUGUCUUUUUAAGGUAUGGAUGCAUUUACAGUCCUUGAUGACAAUCUAAGUCAGUCAGUUGGAAGUUUAGGCAGGAUUUCCCCUUACAAUGUAAUUAAAUAACAACUUAAGUUUUGUUUUAGUUAGAGUUGGUUAAGAUUAAAUAUAGGUUUACUUACAGAUUAAGAAACAUAAAUUUGUAUUUAAAUGUUUAGCUUUUAUUAAGUUAAACCCAUAUGGCUGGCAUUGAGUUUUCUUAAAUAAUAAAGUUUAUCUUUCACGACACUCCUUUAAAUGUGUUAAUGCAGUUUCAUUAUUGCCAAACAUGUCUGUAUCACAGGAUUUAAAUGAAACAUUUGAUGGUCUUGAGGGAGCGACUGGAGGCACAAAUUACAGUGCAAGUCAAGAUAACUUUAAUGGACGCAAUUCUAAAGUGUCGCGCCUUUCAGAAUCCUCCAAUGAUUCAGGAUUUGCUUAUCAAGGUGGUUUUUCAUCCUCAUCCUCCACCUCUUCAAGUGCUGGUAGCCCAGCAGGCUGUCAUAUGGGCGGAAACAUAUCUACAUCAAGUAAUGAUACUGAGCAAGAUCCACAUGGUACCAGGGCUGUGACCCACCAUCAUGUGGCACAUAACCACACUUACAAUACCCCACCUGGACAAAUACCAAGAGAGGUAAGAUAUUGUCAUCUUUUAUUUGCUUGCAAGUUAAAAUUAUUGGUUUUGUAUAUUUAAAAUAGUUUGCAAUUGUCUAACCAGCUUUGUAUAAAAGGGCUAAAUGUAUCUGUACCUAUUCACCCUGUAACUACACUGAAUGCUUAUUCUCGGCCACAAGACUAUAUUUUUUUUCUAAAUUUUUUUAACGAUUCAUCCAAUCUUUUGCUAUUUCAGGUUAAAAAAUAUGCACAGAAAGAGCCUUCACGAAAGGGUCCUCAGAGCCGAGACCAGCGUCGUGCAGAAGAACUCAAAAUACCCUUCACAAUUGAUGAAAUUAUUGAAUCCCCAGUUGAGACAUUUAAUGAAAUCUUAAUGUCUCAUAAACUCAAUGAAGCUCAGGUAAUAAUAAUAAUGAACCAAAUGCUCAAUAUUUUUGUUAAAAGUAGCUUAUGUAAAAUAAAUUGCAAUUCUUUUAUUUUGCUCUUGCUAAGUUCUUGGACUUUCAGGAUUAUCACAAUCUUGCUUCUUUGAAAUCCAUAUAGUGGAAACAUUCAGCUAACUUAAUUUAUACAUUUUCCUACUUUAAAUAAUUUUUAACAGUUGGCCCUUGUUCGAGACAUUCGUCGCCGUGGAAAGAAUAAAGUGGCUGCCCAGAACUGCAGAAAGCGUAAAGUUGGUGUCAUUGUUUCUCUUUCUGAUGAGAUGAUUGAUUUGCAGAAAGCGAGAGAUCGUUUAGUUGCUGAGAGAGCUGAAAUGGAAAAGGAAACCCGAAAAAUUAAGGAAAAGUUUGGAGGCCUCUAUACUCAUAUUUUCCAGUCUCUGCGGGAUGAGCGUGGUGAGCCUUAUGACCCUAAUCUUUAUUCACUGCAGCAGUCAAGUGAUGGCAAUGUUUUUCUUGUCCCUCGAAAUAUUAGUGUUGGGAGUAAAUAUAGUAACUCGUCAUCAGCUUCUUCAUCUCCCACUUCCUCCAAAGAUUCAGUGAGUUCAAAAAAGCGUAAAUCUUUUGAUGAGUAGAAUUGUUUUUUUUUUCUUGCAGGUGUUUAAAAAUAAAAUCUUAAACUUUGUAAAUUAAAGGGAUUAAAGCCGUUUUAUGGAAUAUUUAUAUUAAUUAGAAAAAGAAGCACAGAGAAAGUGUUUUGAAACAUGGUAAUUUACUUGUUAAAUUCUUUAGAGAUCUUUGUUUUAUAAUGUAUAUAUGUAAAAUUAAGCAUAAAAUUUAUUAAACCUGUAUCAGCAGCUGGGUGUCUAUGGAUUAUCAGCAUUUCCUUUAGUGUGAGCACAUUAAUAAGCUAUGGCAAGUGCAAGCAUUUCUUGCAGUGUGAUUGUGUCAGGCAGCAUGUAUGUUUAAAAAAAACAGUGAAAUUGUUUUGUGAAAGGAAACUUGUUCUAUUUUUUAUUUUUUUAAUCAUGUUUUGACUUUCAUUAUUUGAUGCUGUUAUUAAAUAAAUUUAUCUCUUGUGGGAGUACAAGCAUUUUGCCCAUGUAUGGAAGUCAAAGUAAUAAAAAUACUUGGUGAUCUGGAUUUUGUCGCUAAAAAAUUACAAGUGAUCUUUCUACCCUUUGAUUAAAUUGUUUAUCACUCACCCUUUUGCCAUUUGUACAUAGACCCUUUCUCCCAUUAAUAAUCAAUGCACAAUAAAUUCUGCCUUUGUUGACAGAUUGAAUGACAUAGUUAUUGUCUCUCAAAAGUGUUUAAGCCAGGAAGAUAUAUUGUCCCUGUCGUUAAAAGUGACAGUUUCAACAUUAGCGUUAAAUACAGUCUUUCAGGGAAUCAGCCGUCUCACGCUAAAAUAAUUUGAGAAUAAUACAUGCCUUAGAAUUUUAGAAUAUUUAGCAGCAACUUGCUACACUGUGUAGCUUUGUUAUGUUGGCUAGUUAAAUUUAAUUCCCUUGAAUUUUUUCUUCUAAUUUAGAUAUGAAACUGAUCUGUUGUAUAUUUUUCAUUCUACAAAGUGAUAUAUAUAUAUUUGGGGGGAUUUGUGCUUGUGAUAUAUAUGCUUAUUAUGAAAUAUGAUGAUUUUUGUUUGGAUUAAUUUUUUUUUUCCAAUACUGUAUCCUGUAAGCAGUAAUUUUUCAUUAUGUUCACCCAUUACCUAUAGAAAUUAUUUUUUUUUUCACAUUACUCUGUUUACACUAAUAAUCAUGCUUGUUGCAUUUGAAAUGCAGCAUAAAAGAUGUUUUUUGGUUUAUUUUUUAAAUAUAAAAACAUAGUUACGGACAUUAACAGUAUAAUGUUUAUUCCUUUCUGUCUUCUACUCAUAAUAUUACAGUGCUUUGAGAAAUUUUUUUCGAACGGAAAUUAUAAUUGAAAAGCAAUGAAAAACACGAAGAAUUUUUGUUUGUUAGAGAUGCAUUUGUAUGUGUCUACUUCUUUUUAAUUUAAUAAUUAUGUUGAUAAAUGAGUUUUCAUUCCACUCUUUUACUAACAUGUUUUGCAAAAGCUUGAACAUUUUUAAAGGAUUUUUUUAUUCAUUACCGAGACUUGCCUGAAGCAGCAUAAUAUGGCCUUUAGAUGCUAGCAAAACUUCAGCAUGAUCACAAAUAUAUUUUUAUGUAAUUUAAUUGGCAUUAAGAGCUAUUGACAUUUUCACUGUAGUUCCCCCAACUCUUAUUAUUGUUUGAAUUAAAUUGAAUAUUGUUUAAGAUGAUCUGCAUUACUCCUACAUUAUAUAAUGUUAAUUAGUAACAUUGUACAGGAUAUAACAGCCUGUGGCUUUUACCAUUUAAAUUUUGAUCUGGAUAAACAUCCUUUGCAGAUGCAAAGUAUUAAAUUUAGGCACUUGUAAAAGAACAUUGCCCUUGAGAAAAUGAGAUGCCCAGAAGUAUGUCUGCAUAAUUUUGGUAAUUAACAGGUGUUGUCAAAAUAUUAAAUUAAUCAUAUCAAAUGUCUUAAUUUCAAUUAUCAUGACAAAAAAGCAUAUUGUAAAAAUAAUAUUCUAAAUAAUUGUUAUCCAUUAUCCUGCAAUUGUUGAUGUUUGAUCAUUUAUCAAUAGCUAUAAUUUGCAACUCAUGUUAAUUAUAUGGUUUUAUAAUAUAUUGAAAGCAUUUUUAUUUCGGAUGUUAAUUUUAAGUAUACCGUUAGGCUUUGAAAAAAAAGUUUGGAAAGAUCAAUAUGUCCAUCCAGUGCUACUUUCACCAGCAUAUAGAAUUUCCAAUAAAAAAAUCAAUAUUUAUUACCCAGAAUUUGUUUAUCUUUCUUUUGUUUCUCAUUUUUAACUGUUUUUUUUACUUCUUACAUUACUAUUGUCAGUGCUCCUUCAGUUCUAGGGAUAUAGUUGAUUUUUUAUAGCUGAUUUUUAUAUUCAAAUUUAUAAAGUCAGGUUUUCUCAAUCAAAUUAUUGCUUAUAAAAACUGUUGCUUUUUUGUUUUUGUCUGACUAUUGCUUUUGUUUGAAAAUAAGUCCUUACUAUUUAUUAUUAGCUAACUAAAUGCUUUCAGAGCAACUCAAAAAUAAUCCCAACUUGCAACUGAAUAUCUCGCCUUGCAAUCUAUUUAGGCCAACUUUACUAAGAUAUUAAUAUUUUUUUCACAGGCUAUCAUUAUAAUUUGAACAGAUUUGCGUGAAUUUAGGAUAUUGUAGUUCAAUAAUGUUUAAC